UAGUUUCUUCACCGAUUUCAGAAGUUUUUGUGUUUCAAGUUCUUCCAAGGAAAAGAAGAAUGUUCAGAAAAGUGGAGGUAAAAGGGGUAGGAAAAGAACCGUCAAUCCUCAGUCACCCUCUUCUGAUAUGUCGACACCUGAUCAUAUGCAGGACUCCUAUUGGUCUGACAUGAUAUACCAUAACAGCUCAACAAAUGAUCAUAAAAGGAAAGGAGAUGCUUCUAUGCGAAGCCUAAGGAAAAGGAGAAAAUCUGGAGGGGAAACAUCACUCGCUUUGUCAUUAGACCGUAUAUCUGGUACUGCACGACAUCUUCAGGUUGGAACCAUCAGUCCUAAAAUGAAACAAGCAUUGACAACAGAAAGAUCAGUAAUCAGUUUGGAAGAAAAAAUUGUUGAUGAGUGCACGCCGACUGCACUGAUUUUGAGCUUUAAUGGAGCAAGUCCUCUUCCUUCUCAAACAGAUCUCAUCAGGACUUUCAGUCGCUAUGGACCUCUGAAGGAAGCGGAAACAGAAGUUCAAAGCAAGACCAAUCGUGUCAAAGUAGUCUUCAAGAAACGUGCUGAUGCUGAAAUAGCUUUCAGUAGUGCAGGAAAGUAUAGCAUUUUUGGGCCAGCACUUCUUAGUUAUUGUCUUAGAUACUUGCCAUCAACACUUACUGCUUCUCCAAACACCCCACCACAAGGCAAAAAUGAUGCAGGAUCCGUUGAAGGUGGCAAAUUAGAGGUUCCAGAUUAUCAUUCUCCAAAUACUCUAUCACAAGGCAAAAAUGAUGCAAUACCCAUUGAAGGUGGCAGCUCAGAGGUUCCAGGUGAUGCUUCCCCAAAUAUCACACCAGAAGGCAAAAAUGAUGCAGUACCUGUUGAAGGUGGCAACACACAGGUUCCAGGUGAUGCUUUUCUGAGUGCCACACGAGUCAAAAACAAUGUGGUACUCUUCAAAGGUGGCGACUUAGAGGUUCCUGAUGCUUCUCCAAAUACCACACCACAAGACAAAAAUGAUGCCGUGUGCACCCCAGGUGGGAAUUUCGAGAUUUCAGGCAGUAUACCUCCAAAUAUUACACCCCAAAAUGAAGAUGAUGCAGUACUCAUUGAAGGUGGUAACUUCGAGAUUCCAGGUAGGACUUUUCCAAAAGCUAAACACUUAGACGGCAAUGAUGCAGUACGAAAUGCCACACAAGAUGAAAAGGAUGCAGCACCAAUUGAAGAUGGCAGCUUGGAGAUUCCAGGAAAUACUUCUCCAAAUACUAUCCCACAAGAUGAUAGUGAUGCGGCAGUAAUAGAAGGUGGCAGCUUAGAGGUUCCAGGUUAUACUUCUCCACGUACUACUGCACAAGACAGAAAUGAUGCAGCACCAGUUGAAGAUAGCAGCUUAGAGGUUCCAGGCAAUACUAAUCCAAGUACUACCACACAAGACCAAAAUGAUGCUGCACUUGUUGAAGAAAUUGGUGUUGCAUCAGAUGUUAUGCAAGUGGAAGUUGCGGACAGAGGGUCAUUUGAAGGGGUUGUUCAGGUGGAUAAUCAAUCUAGUUAAGUGUUAUUUUCGUUUUUCAUGUGAGGCAAUUCCACUUUGCCCAUUUUCUGUUCUGAAAAUAUAUUUUAGGGCAAUGCAAAUGUGUGUUGUAUAGAAGGUGUAAGCUGACGUCAUCAAGAAAGAAAUGGUAAACUGUUUUAAAGCUUUUAGGCUAACUUCAGUUUUGUGAUUCUAUUGAGGUUGUGAAAGUUUACUUAAGAGCAUCCGACAACUGUGUCAUGAUGGUUUAAGAUGUCAGAAUUAUGGUAAGCAGGUCUUGCUUAGAAACUGAAAUUUCUUGAUUGAGAUUGAGGCUACAGGCUGACACUGGUUUAUGCUUUUUAUUUUAUAUCAUGGCAUCAAUGACUACUUGUAAAGAUACCAGGUAAGUUCUUGCUCUUGUACUUUUUAGACCAAGAACAAGCCAUGCCCAUAUAGUCAGUAUUUUGCAGGUAAUAUUCCAUGAAAUUGUUAUCAGAUAAUAGGAGCUUUUGGUCCGUGAAUUUAUUAUGCUUUUAUAUGAGUGCAUAUAGUUACCAGUGGUUGUUCUUCAACUUUACACUACCUUAUAAACUAUUUAUGGUUGUUUACU